AUGGAGGCUAUGACACAUACGUAUACAAGCUCCCCUCCUCUCAUGAAGCUCAACGGUGGCAGUCGGCAAGAAUCCCAGAGUCCAAAGGCCAAUGGCGACGUUCUUGUCCAAGGUAUACCAGUGCCCUAUGCACCAAUGGACUGCUGUCAGCUCGUUGAUGACCAGCGAUCAGCUGCAACGUCCAAAGCUGAGAGCCCUUGGAGGAAGGCCAUCAUCUUCCAGGAUGCGUGUCGACGGUUGACCGAUUUCAUCCAAGGGCACGUGAGUGGUGGUGUUCGGCAGGUAAGGCGUAGGUCUAUCGACGUGGCCAUUCAUGGCGAUGCCGAGCCUGCGAGCGAGGGCCUGAGGAAGCAAUCAAACAAUAUGUUAGCCUGUCGCCGGUCUGAGGCCGCUUUUCUGGACCUCGAUGUUGGCCUGAUGCCGGCACGCAUGGCAUGCCAAGUGCCAUAUAUAAUUAGAGGCGGAGCAGUAGAUGCACGCACUAUUGAUGUGUGGGAGGCCAAGUCGUGGCCGUGGCCGUGGCUUUCUUUGUCUUAUCGUGACGGUGACGGGCGCAUCACGCGUGCCGCUUCGCCGUUCAAUAUGCCGUAUGCCGUAUGCCACAUGCCAUUGCGUUGCGCGAACGUGAGGCUGUCCACGAGAGCAUUCUUCGUGGUGGAAGGCAACAUCGCGGCGAUGACUGCCCGAUGCCCGCAUGGCCAAUACAUCUGCGCGGAUCGACUUCUUGGCACGACCGAGGCGUUGCUGCGCAUUCGCGCGCAGGCCUCCAAGCAGAGCAGUGUGAAGCGGGAGGAAGAGUAUGAAGUCGCUGAGGAUGCCGACCUCCUCCCCACGCUGGAACGACUCCGAAGAGCCUUCCCGAGCGCCGACAAGAGACUUCGCGGCGAAACCUUGCGCACCAUCCACGACCUCCUGAAUUGCGACUGUGUGCUCUGCAGCCCGCAACGCGACGCCCUGAACAAUGCCCGGCGCGAGAGAGAGCUGCCGGCCGAGAUUGUGGACAGCAGUGACAAGCUGAAGGCCUUCUCGGCCCUGGCCUUGUCCGGCUGCCUGUUCGCCACCCGCGAGUUCCUUCGGAGCAACGCCGACGAUGUCGAUGACUUCUCCAAGCUGGUGCGGCGGAGUGCGGGCCAGCACAUUCGAUCUCGCCUGUUCCGCUUUGUCGACACCCGCCGUACAACGUGCGAAGAAUGCACCCACGAUGCACCGCCAAGCAUCCCAUUCGCUGAACUGUGCCUGCAAUGCGCAGCCAACAGAUUUCGAGAGAGCAUCCGCCCAAAAGUGCAGCUGAUGAAGGUCGUGACUCUGAACGUGGCACAGGAUGACCUCGACGAGUUCUAUGGAAAUGUCAACUUGCCCAUCACCCAGGAACAUCACAUCCUCGAGGGACAGAGCAGAGCCUCGCUCAAGCUACUGCGAACUGCUGGUAUGUUGCCCAGCCUUCCCAGCUUCUGCCUCCCGCUUACGCAUAGCAGGAGAAUGACCUACGGAGCCAAGAUGCGAGAUGCCGAGAAUGAAGCCAAACUGGCUUUGCUCCUGCGCAAUCGGAACACUCCAGGCAUUGCCAAAAUCCUCAUGGCAUUCGUCGAGCAUCGAGAGCCAGAUCUAGCUUUUACCUUCGUGAAUUUGGUCUUCAGACGGGAACAAUACAGUCUGAAGGACUACUUCCGAGAGUCCAGUCUCUCAGAUCAUCUCGCCACAUUUUCCACGCACAAUGAGAAUUUGGUCCUGCUCGAACAUGGGCUCUGGAAAUCCUUGCUGGAUAUCGUGGAGGCUGCGGCUAGCAUACAUGACGUCGCCGAUACCACAACAACGAACUCGAAAGCCGUUGGCCAGCGGCGCAUGUUGGGCCAUCUGGACAUCAAACCGGCCAAUAUCUUGAUCACCAGAAGCAAGAGUCUUCUUUUGACUGACUUUGGCCAGGCUGCCAGGAGGACCAUAGGUACCAACGACUAUGCUCCACCGGAAUCUGCCGCAGGCAGCAGCAUUGAUAUGGCAGACAAGUAUGACAUCUGGUCGUUGGCUUGUUUGUUGACUGAGGCACUUGUCUUUAUCAAGGCAGAAGCCGAGCUAGGUCAAGGAAACGGGCCUAGAGCGAUCCAGAACUUCUACUCUGCUCGUCUCCACCACACCACGCACAACCAAUCUGCCGCGUUUUGGAUAAAUCGAGGCUCGCGAGAUGCCCCGGAUCAAAACAUCAGAAGCUCAGUCCUUUCAGAGCUAGCUGGGCUGGAAAACAUUCGACAUCCGCAGACGCAACGCGUUGUUCGCCAGAUACGGCGCAUGCUCAACAUUGAUCCGCACCAACGGCCCAACGCAAGCGCAUGCCAGAAGCAUUUCAAGACUGGCGUAGGACGAGAGAUCUUUCGAAACCCCGGUGAUAUCUCAAUAGAGCCUCAGCUUGAGCAUUGGAAAACAUCCUUCACCACACGUGUUCACCAUGACCCGAUCCCUUGCCGCCUGUUCCUUCAUCAAAUCCCUCCAGACGAGCUCGAUCUUACUUUAGAGUGUGAUGGCGACCCAAUGUAUCUGCGGCCUGGAAUUGCACGACUGGCAGAGGCCGUCUUCGAACCCUUGUCAUUCUACCCCCAAUCCGAUGAGACGGCACUGAAGAUACAGAAGUGCAGCGUCUCGAGAUUGCUCCGUGGAAUCACUCUUCAUUUCCUGGAGCCUGUGAAGUUUUUCGAAUUCAUGACUCUCUUGACGAGUCAAAAGCUUUUGCCAGAUGUGAGGAGAGACGCUUCAUGCAAAGGUGCUCGCAUGAGGUUCACAAAAUGUGAGCUUGCGCCACGGAAAUGGAACUCUAGCUUGAAAGCCUUUAGCGACAAGCAAGUGCUCGUGAACGGGGCUCGAACGUGA